UACCAUUUUGAUUGGUUACUCUGUUACAAAACAACGACGACGUAUUUACUUCCUUCUUCGUUCUUCUUCCUCAACUCUAUAGACAGCACUGCAUUCCGAUCAUUUCUUCAACUUCAACACACUAACCUCUUUCUCUCAUCUACCGAACCCUAAACCCACACAACACAAACAUGGUGAAGGUGCGGAUGAACACUGCUGACGUGGCGGCGGAGGUUAAGUGCCUUCGUCGCUUGAUCGGAAUGCGUUGCUCCAAUGUCUACGACCUCACUCCCAAGACGUAUGUCUUCAAGCUGAUGAACAGUAGCGGAGUUUCGGAAUCCGGCGAAAGCGAAAAGGUCCUCCUUCUCAUGGAAAGUGGCGUCAGAUUGCACACCACUGUGUACAUGCGUGAUAAGAGCAAUACUCCUUCUGGUUUUACUCUCAAAUUGAGGAAGCAUAUUCGGACUAGGAGGCUUGAAGAUGUUAGGCAGCUUGGCUAUGAUAGGAUUAUUCUCUUUCAAUUUGGAUUGGGGGAGAAUGCAAACUAUGUUAUAUUGGAACUCUAUGCCCAGGGGAACAUCCUCCUUACAGAUGCUAACUUUACUGUCCUGACUCUCCUGCGAUCUCAUAGGGAUGACGAUAAGGGGCUUGCAAUCAUGUCACGUCAUCGUUAUCCCAUAGAAAGCUGUCGAGUAUUUGAGCGAACUACUGCCCAAAAGUUGCAGACAGCGCUAAUGACCUCUAAGGAAGAUGACAAUGAUGAGGCUGUUAAGGCCAAUGGAAAUGAAGCUGAUAUUGCUAAUACAGGAAAAGAAAAGCAUGGAUUCCGUAAAGGCGGGAAGUCAUCUGCCACAUUGAAAAGUGUCCUUGGGGAGGCACUUGGUUAUGGACCUGCCCUUUCUGAGCAUAUAAUAUUAGAUGCUGGGUUAAUCCCCAAUACAAAAGCUCCCAAAGAUAAAACAUGGGAUGAUGCUACCGUUCAGGCUUUGGUCCAAGCUGUUGCAAAGUUUGAAGAUUGGAUGCUGGAUGUUAUUUCUGGUGAAAUAGUUCCUGAAGGAUACAUUUUGAUGCAGAAACAAAAUUUGGGAAAGGAUUCUUCCUCUCAAACAGGAAGUGUUAGCCAGAUUUAUGACGAGUUCUGCCCAAUCUUACUCAACCAGUUUAAGUCAAGGGAUUACACAAAAUUUGAGACAUUUGAUGCUUCCUUGGAUGAGUUCUACAGCAAAAUUGAGAGCCAAAGGUCUGAACAACAGCAGAAAGCCAAAGAAAACUCAGCUGCUCAGAAGCUGAAUAAAAUACGCCAGGAUCAGGAAAAUCGAGUGCACACAUUGAGGAAAGAAGCUGAUCACUGUGUUAAAAUGGCAGAAUUGAUAGAAUACAACUUAGAAGAUGUGGAUGCUGCUAUAUUAGCUGUUCGUGUAGCUCUUGCAAAGGGUAUGAACUGGGAUGACCUUUCACGUAUGGUGAAAGAUGAAAAGAAAGCUGGAAACCCUGUUGCUAGUCUCAUUGACAAGCUCCAUCUUGAGAGGAACUGCAUGACUUUACUGUUGGCAAACAAUCUUGAUGAAAUGGAUGAUGAUGAGAAGACACUCCCUGUAGAUAAGGUUGAAGUUGAUUUAGCUCUCUCAGCUCAUGCCAAUGCUCGGAGGUGGUAUGAACUGAAGAAAAAGCAAGAGAGCAAACAGGAAAAGACUAUGACUGCGCAUGAAAAGGCGUUUAAAGCUGCAGAGAAAAAGACUCGCCUACAGCUUAAUCAGGAAAAAAGUGUUGCCACAAUUUCACAUAUGCGAAAAGUUCACUGGUUUGAGAAAUUUAAUUGGUUCAUUAGCAGUGAGAACUAUUUGAUUAUUAGUGGACGUGAUGCCCAACAAAAUGAGAUGAUAGUGAAGCGAUAUAUGUCAAAAGGAGAUCUCUAUGUGCAUGCCGAUCUCCAUGGUGCUUCCAGUACAGUUAUCAAGAAUCACAAGCCUGAUCAACCAGUUCCACCUCUUACACUAAACCAAGCAGGAUGUUUUACAGUAUGCCAUAGCCAGGCAUGGGAUUCAAAAAUUGUUACUAGUGCGUGGUGGGUUUAUCCACAUCAGGUUAGUAAAACUGCUCCUACAGGGGAAUAUCUGACAGUUGGAAGUUUCAUGAUCCGGGGAAAGAAAAAUUUUCUUCCACCACACCCUCUUAUCAUGGGUUUUGGACUGCUAUUUCGUUUGGAUGAGAGUUCUUUGGGAUCACAUAUAAAUGAAAGGAGAGUAAGAGGAGAAGAGGAAGCAGUAGAUGAUAAUGAUGAAACUGGUCCAAUUGAAGAUCAAUCUGAUUCAGAGUCUGAGAAGGAUGUUAGUGAUACAAAAUCUGCUGCAGACUUAGAAAGCAAUGGUAGUUUGAGUGCAGAUUCACAGAAGCCCUUACACGAAAGCUUUACUGCAGACACAUCUCAGACAGGUUCGGCUACUAUCAACGCUGAAACAACAGUUUCAAGUUAUUUACCUCCAAAAGAGACAAGUAAGAUGGCUUCGGGUGAUGGGGGAAAAGUAUCUGAUACUAGUGGAAAUGGCUUAGCAUCUGUUAACCCUCAACUCGAGGAACUUCUUGAUCGUGCUCUGGGACUUGGAUCUGUUGCUAAAUCAAGUAAAAACUAUGGAGUUGAGAACCCUAAUAUUGAUUUGGGCAGUGAGCAUCAUUUGGAAGAGAGCAAACCUUCAGUAAGGGAUAAGCCUUAUAUAUCAAAAGCAGAGAGAAGAAAAAGUAAAAAAGAACAGAAACAUGGUGUGGCAGAUGCAAAUGUUGGACAUGGAAAGGAUGACCCAAAAGCAACUGAUAGUUCUGCUAAUCUACCUGCAAAAGAAGUUCAAAAUUCAAAGGCAGGUGGUCAAAAAAUCAGCCGUGGUCAGAAAGGAAAACUUAAGAAGAUAAAGGAGAAGUAUGCUGAUCAAGAUGAGGAAGAAAGGAGCAUCCGAAUGGCGUUAUUAGCUUCCUCUGGAAAGUCAAACAAGAAGGAAGAGACAUCAAGUGAAAAAGAUGCACCAGACAAAGGGAUAAAACCUGGAAAUGGUCCUUCAGAAGCUCCAAAGAUAUGUUUCAAGUGUAAGAAGGCAGGUCACUUAUCUCGGGAUUGUAAGGAGCAACCGGAUAGUCAUUCAAUUGGUGAAACCGAAGAAAAUCUUAAUAAGAGUGCUAGUAACCCUUCCCAAGCAGAUAGGGUGGCAAUGGAAGAAGAUGAUAUUAAUGAAAUAGGAGAAGAAGAGAAAGAAAAACUAAAUGAUGUGGAUUACUUGACUGGGAAUCCACUCCCUAAUGACAUUCUCUUAUACGCUGUUCCUGUCUGUGGUCCUUAUAAUGCAGUUCAGUCCUACAAAUAUAGAGUGAAGAUAAUUCCUGGAUCCCUGAAGAAAGGAAAAGCUGCAAAAACUGCAAUGAACCUGUUCAGCCACAUGUCCGAAGCUACGAACCGGGAGAAGGAGUUGAUGAAAGCCUGUACGGAUCCCGAGUUGGUUGCCGCGUUUAUAGGUAAUGUGAAGAUAUCGGCAGCAGGCCUAACUCAGUUGAAGCAGAAGCAAAAGAAAGGCAAGAAGAGCAGCAAGAAGGAAAGUUAGCCAAUCCUGUAUAGGAUUAUAACCUAGGUGAAGGAAAGAAGUACUCUUUUGCCUUCUUUUGUUCUAGAGCUUACAAGUUAGUUUGUUCAUUUGUUGUAUAUCUUCCAAGAUCAAAUGUAGAAAAGAAAGUUUUCCCAUGUAGAUCUUGUGUAGCAAGUGGAAUUCUAAGAAAAUUUUGUAUCCCAUAUAUUUUCAGCUUUUCUUGCUUUUGGCUAUUAGAAAGUACACUAUACCAAAGUACUAACUUUCAAUCAUUUAGUUAGUUAUUCCA